AUGUACCCGCAGCAGAGCAGUGGUGACAGUAUGGCCGAGACGGGCGGCAUCUUGCCUGACUUGUCGCUGUUCGGGAACGAUGGUCUUCUAAACGAACUGGAGAAGUCAUCGACUUGCAGUGAUUCGGAUUUCGUACUUCCAGCCAGCCCCUUCAUGGAGAACGGUUGGCAAGAAAACGAGGAUGGGAAUGGAGCAGAUCCACUGACGGAUAUCUUAUUCAAGAAGGAGCCAUGCAGUCCUUCCUCGACAUCCAGCGACAGCAAAAGCCGACGCGAGAGUGCUUCCAUGAUGGAGGACUUCUUCUUCGACCCGAAGUCCUCGACGUUCGGUGACAUCGACAACGGCCACAGCGUGAUCGACAACGGAAUGGUCAACGCUGGCCUGCAUCAGUUUCCCCACAUCAAGGAAGAGAUGGAUUGUGAUUACCAGGGGAGCGUACCACGUGUCCAGUCCGACUGCGGUCCCAUGCGAGUGCCUUCCAUUCCUAUUCCGUGCAGCAAUGGCGGUAAUGCCAACGCAGCAAGGUUGUCCAUGAACUUCCAGUACAGCAUGGACAUCGUGAAUAAUAACAAUAACAGCCAUUGUGGUAUGCGCAGGAUGUCGGGGUGCAGUCCAGAAUCAUUGACAGUGGGCGGGGUGACGAUCAAACAAGAACCCCUGGACAAUCUCCCAUCUCCGUGCAAUAUGCAGUGCAACCCCAACCCCUCCAGUAUGCCCAUGGGGGUUCCGCCGACACCCCCUGACAUGUGUGCGUUGGCCAUGGAGACCAAACCCAUGAUGCAUUCCCCGACGUUUCACCACCACCACCAGCAGCAGCAGAACCAGGGACCCGUGUCCAAUUCCUUCACCUUCAACAUCAACUUGCCACCGAUGGACCACCACCACCAUCACCACCAAAACAACCAACACUUUCCACCGCAACACCACCAGCACCACCAACCGCACCACCAGUCCUACAGCGGUUUCCCUCCGACCCCACCCAACUCCCAUCCCGGCUCCCCAGCGGACAUUCCCUUGGGUCUUGAGGGAUCGGCCCUCUGUCUCAGACCCCCGCCUCCACCGUAUCCUCUGGCGGUUGCCAGCAAGUGUAGCCAGAUGUCCCCUGUGACCAGUACCGCCACCCCCACCACCCAAACAGUCAAGUAUAACAGGAAGAACAACCCUGAUCUAGAGAGGAGACGAAUACACCACUGCAACUAUCCAGGUGAGUUGAAAAAGUUUAAAUAGACAUGUAUAAUUUGCGUAAAGAUCAUGAGCACUGUAAUAGUGUAGUUCUACAGCAAAUUCUAAAAUUCUUCAACCAACUCAAGGAAUUCUUCACCUAGUAGUCCCUUGCCGAGGGCGUCAAUUGAGGGGGGGGGGGUUUGCAGGUGGUGAUCACCUCCAAUGAUUUUUAAAACUUGAAAAUAUUAUAGGCUUAAUGCAAAUAUAUGAUUUAAGAAGCAUUGAUAAGCACUAUAAAACCAUUAAACUUGGCAUAACAAUACUUUUAUACGUACAAAUUGCAGAUUUUUCGGCACUCUUUGCGCUCAAAAUUCUGCUUAACAUUUUUUUUUCGCUCUUACCCCCGCCCCCCCCCCAAUUCCGAACAUGAAUCGACGACUUCAUAGAAACGGAAUGAUGUGGUCUCUAUCGUAGCCUAUGGACCUAUAAGCCUAUCAGGGAUUCUUGUUGAAGUUGUAAAGCAUUAUUGUAUCAUGUAGGCCUAGACCUAGCCUAUCUGAUAUUUAUAUUAGGAUGGUAUUCAAUUAUGCCAGUGAGACUACAAGUUUGUACGAACAAUAGGUGGACUAAUAUGAUAAAUAUCAUUAAAAACGACAAUUACACAAUUCAUUUAAUUGCUCACGAAUUAACGACAAAGAACUUUCCGUCCUACCAAGGUUUAGACAACCAGGCCACACUUGACCCGUAUUCGGUUGAAUUAUGACAGAAACCUGGCGAUUAUUGUGUUUUCUCACUUCAGCCAAGUGCCUUUAAAUCGUCACCCUAAAUGAGCUGUCACUUGUCGGGUACACGUGUAUAUUCCGAGAGCGACAUCGUGACCGAGAACGAGGGAUGAUAGAAAGGGCUUGGAUGAUAACCUCGAGGGUGCUUUCUUUCUUUUUUUUAUUUUGAAGGGUGAACCCCAAAGGGGCUGUGUCGAUAACCUUUUUAUUUUGGUGGGGUCAGAACCCAGAGGGGCGGGGUCAAGGCCUGGAGUCAUCAAUCUUCACUCGACGUGGAGUAAAGAGAGAGAGAGAGAGGGGGGGGGGGUGGAUGGAUGCAAGAGAAAGAGGGGAGGAGGUGUUUGGUAGGAGAGUAAUUGUUGAGGGUCCAUCAUUAGAUUAGACCUAUAAGGAAUUUCAACUUUAUUUAUUUUUUGUUUUUUUCCCUUAGAUUAUUGAAAAUAAAAUGUUGUAUACAUAUACGUAUAAUGUAUCAUUGUAUCACUGUGGAAAAUGGAUAAGUAUUCAUUUUCUCUAUUGCCAAUUGCCAAAGUUUCUAUACUAUUUUUAAUUCUUGUUAUCGACAUGAUAAUAUAAUAGAGAGAGUUUUUAACGUAUAUGGGUUACAUAUUUCUGGGUGCUUCUGAGAUCAAGGGCCUCUCAUUUUCCAGUGAACCCUUCCAAUUUCACAUUUUAAUGACUUUAUUGUUCUGUGUGUCACUUCAAGGCAAAUAUACUUCAUUUCAUUUCAAUUCAUUGAGAAACUCUUUGCAGGAAACACGGUGUUGUAAGCAUUUUGUACGCAAAAAUCAGAUCGCGGCGGUCACACAUUCGGUAACCGACCGAAACUGCGUUAUUCUAAAUAAUGCAAUCGUCUCGAUCGAUAUAUAUUCAGUCUCCUCGACAUGUCGGUGACAGAAGCUAACCGGUCACUCGAAUAAAAACGUAUCACAAACACGCAAAUCACAAAGAGAUCCAAGGCUAAAUUCAGGAAUAAAAAUAUGAAUGGAAUUAUUGAUAAUAAAUCAGCAGCCAACAUAUUGAGGUUGUUGUUUGUUGGAUUUUCAUAAUCAUAUUUUUUGGUUCGUUCCACUUCACCAUCACACACGGUGAAGGUCAGUGCAUUGACAAGUUUAUAAAAGGGUGAAAACGAGCCGUUUCAUCAUGAUAUGAAUCAUAUGAUAUAAUUAAUCCCGUUUUUAUCCCAUUCUUGUUUAGAUGAUCUCUUUUUUUUUCUCGUUAUUAUUCAUAUUUAGUAAUGGUCUUUACGUAGGGCUGUCCUUGUUGAAUUGUUAAUUGAAAUUAAAUUGAAAACAUUUUCAAAAAUACACCCAAUUGCCCAUUUCCGUGCUCUGAUUUAGUUUUCACACCACGUCUUUUCCACACUUUGUUAUUUUGUUUGUUGUUGUUACUUGCAUGUAGGUUUAUGAUAUAUUCAGUUAUCAACGAUUACACUUAGGCCUAUAUGCGAAUUGGCAUUUAAUAGGAAACAGCCGUUCGUUUUUUUUUCUAAAUUUCAAUUCAUUGACUCUCCGCCUGUUAUGUAGACAUUUCAUUAGCUGCCAGAAAAAAAAAAUCACAUACAUUACCAUGAUAACGUACUUGAUAUUUCUGGUAAGUAAUGUUAGACGACAGUGGUAGAAAAUUUCUGUUUGCCUUGUAAUUUUGUAUUGUUGCGUUUGUAAGUGGUAUACCUAUUAGUAUUUUCAAAUUGUGAUAUCGUUUUCAUUGGAUUUCGUUCAGAUUACGCGAUUGAUGAAGUUGUAAAUUAGUCCAGAUGUGACUACUCCCGUGAAUAUGAUACGCUUAUCAAUAUUUUGUCAACUUUUUCGUUCAUCCCUUUUCCCGUCUUAUCUCGUUGGCCUGUAUCAGUUUCUAAAGUAAAUGAAUCCGAGACGCGAAAUAAUUAGCAGACGAUCAAUGCUAACUUAGGGGUGAUCAGGAGAAUAUCGAUUGAUGUUACGCUGAAGACUCGUGUGUUGGCUGUUGACAAUAUGCCACCUGGUUUGCUCUUUGCC